UGCCUGAAACCAUAUUACAAACUCAAGAAUGAAAUUUAGAGCAUCAAUACUAAUCAUCCGUAGUGAGAGUAGACUUGAAAAAAAGUACCGAUUGAUAAUAAGAAUGUAGAGGGAAAAGACGAAACUUUUGAAGAUUUUUGAGCGCAAAAUAUAUGUAUGUAUGGAAUAGAUAGAAUAUGGAAAUCAGUACAGGGUUGAGGGAAAAGACGAUUGAAGAACUUUAAGCAAGCACCAAACACAGACUGAAACUAGAACUCAAAAAAUAAAGCAUGGCAGUAGUACGAUACUGUGUUAUGUUUUUGUUUCUCUAGUCUAGGGAGGAAGAAGAACUCAAAAGGGCUUUUCCCAAUUGUGGCUGUGGCUUAAGACUGAUGACUUCUAGUGAUGAGUACUCACUUGAAAGCCUCUGGAAUGAACUGUGGAAGGAUUUGAAAGAUUUCAUUACUGGACAAACUUGCAGGCUCCAGUUAAUUAUUUUGCUUGAUUAUUGUUGAUUGCAAGAGGAAAUGGACAAGAGUUGGAUAACAAAGGACAGACUUUCAAAAGAGUAUGAAGUGGGAGUUGACAAUUUUAUUAGGUCAUGAGAAUGAUUUAUAUAUCUCACAAGAAGAUAUAGUCCACUUUGGCUUAAUGGAGGAGAUUGGAGCAUCAUGUAUAUCGUUAUAUAUCAGGAUUUUAUACUUCCAAUUAGUGAAAAGAGAGAUCAGUCACUUUUUUCGUUUUGUUGAGCCAAUUUGGUUAUCAAAUGUUGGAUCUACUGAAGAAGAACGAGUUGAAUGGAUAUCAAAGCGUAUGAUUGAUUCAAAUCCAGGUCAAAUGUGGUUGUUGCCAUAUCAUAAGGGAAAUCAUUGGAUGCUUAUAAUAAUGGAUUUUGAUCACCAAUUGUGCUAUUUCCUGGAUUCUCUUGACAAUUUUCCACCAGAUGAAAUCAAAUAUCUCAUUUCUCGUGUUUUUCAACAUUUGCGCACAAAUAAUGAGAAAACUAAGGAAGUCGCAUGGAGAACUGGUAAGUGUCCUUGUCAACCAUCAAAAUCAGUACAAUGUGGAUUCUAUGUUAUGAGGAUGAUGAAAGACUUCGUGACAAAUGAGUUUUCAAUGCGAUGGCUAACUAGUAAAUGUGGCGGGAAGAAUUCUUACACAAAGGAUGAGAUCAAUGAAGUACGUGAAGAAUGGGCACAAUGCGUUAUGGAUUUGAUGAGUACUACAUAAGUCUACUCACUUUUGUUUACUUAGACUUUUAAAGAAAUAUACUUAGAAUAACUUAGACUUUCUUAGAGAUACACACACUUUUAUUGUCUAACUAUAGUUUACACUUUUGUUGCUUAUAUGAGUAAUUUUGUAAUUAACUUAAGACUCAUCAUUAUUUUGGAUAUUUAAUUCAAAUUCUAGUAUUUUAUAUUACUGUGAUA